UGGAGCUCUUCCCUUCGGCAGGUUAUUAUUACUGAGGGACUCCAUCGAGCAAUGGCCACCGCUGCCUCCAAUCUCUACAUGCCGAGCAGCAGCAUCCUCACCUCCAGCUCUUUGGUGCACACGGACACGUCGGGCAUGCAGCAAGCGGGCACUUUCCGGAGCCCUCAGAAACUGCUCCAAAGUGAUUACCUCCAGGGACUUCCCAGCAACGGGCACCCCCUUUCUCAUCAGUGGGUGACGGCUCUACCUGAAGGCAACCCUUGGUCCACAGCGUUGGCCGCCAGUCCCUUGAGUCAGCAAGACGUGAAGCCUUCGCUGCAGCCCGGGAGAGAGGACCUCCACGUUGGGUCCAGUCUCCAUCACCGCUCGCCUCACAUCAGCCACCAUUCGCCGCACACGAACCACCCCAGCGCCUGGGCCACCAACACAGCUCACAGCUCGCCCCUCACCUCGGGCGGCCAGCCCCUGAAUCUCUACUCGCAGCCGGCGUUUACGGUCAAUGGCAUGCUGGACCAUGGAGGCCCACCACCGCCUCCAUCGUCGGCAGCCAGUCAGAGCAUGCACCCGGGGUUAAGGGACAACACGGACCACGGAGAUCUCGGGCACCAUCACUGUCACGACCACUCGGACGAGGAGACUCCGACAUCAGACGAAUUGGAACAGUUUGCAAAGCAAUUCAAGCAGAGGCGCAUCAAGCUGGGCUUCACCCAGGCUGACGUGGGACUGGCGCUGGGCACUCUGUACGGAAACGUGUUCUCCCAGACAACUAUCUGCAGGUUCGAGGCGCUGCAGCUGAGCUUUAAGAACAUGUGUAAACUGAAACCGUUGUUGAAUAAGUGGCUGGAGGAAGCGGACUCGUCCACAGGAAGCCCGACCAGCAUCGACAAAAUAGCGGCACAGGGCAGGAAGAGAAAGAAGCGCACUUCCAUAGAGGUGAGUGUCAAAGGUGCUCUAGAGACACAUUUUCUCAAAUGCCCCAAACCGGCAGCUCAAGAGAUCUCCGGCCUGGCUGACAGUUUGCAGUUAGAGAAAGAAGUUGUUCGAGUCUGGUUUUGUAACAGAAGACAGAAGGAGAAGCGGAUGACACCGCCUGGAUUGCACCAGCAGGAUGAAGUCUUUUCCCACAGCGUUGAUUCAGACACACCUACACACCACGAUCUUUAACCAGGACAGUGGGGGGACACACGCUCUCACUGGAACUUGCUUGGAACUGGACGAGGAAGAACGGAAUGGAAGCUCUUUUUUUUUAAAUUAUAUAUUUGGCUGUCCGGAAGAGGAGAGAGAUGCAGAGAGAGAGAGAGAGAGAAAAAAGUUGUAUAUCGAAAAAAGAAGUCUGCAAAGCAGGCGAUAUUUCUAAAUAUGUACAGUUAACAGUCGUGUUGACAUUAUUGUACCACGUUUGUGGUGAAGAAGCGUAAUUGAGGACAAUGUUUACCACAACUGUGGUUAUUGUUUUGUUCAGACAAGGAUUGCAGUCCGACAGUGUGCCUAACACCUAUCAGCGCCUUGGUUAUCUCGGCUAUUAUCAGGUGAAUUUGUUCCUAUGGACAGCAUUACCUUUUCCCCCCCCCCACAACUUUAUUUUAAUAACUGGUUUUAAACAAGAUCUGUUAUGAAAGCGUGCAGUAUUAUUAUGUAAUGAAGUGGUCUAUAGUCAUGCAUAGGGAAGGGGUGGCCCAAACUUACUCUAUACUCCGAUAAACCUUCAAAAUCGAAAUACUUCGCAGCUUAUUUCCAAAUUACACCUCAAAGCAACUCGUGGACAUUGAAAGGACUAGGAUGUCGCUCGCCCUGUUUUUUUUUAUUUUAAAGGGAAUUCUAUGGAAUCAAAGCAAUUGUAAACAUAACACUGCCGUUGAAAACGCUGGUAAGAAAAAGAAUUCCGGCGAAUUCGAGCAAAUUUAUUAACUUGAACAGUCACUGAAUUUACCAGAGGGGUUUGAAAUCGACGCUUGAAAACCUGCCAUUUUUAGAGAGAGACACAACUUUUAAAAUUUAAAGAUAGGUCAGUUGCUGAUCUGAAAAAAAUAUACGAUAUUUUCUUUAACUGUUUCUUUUUUCAACAAUUAUAUUUGGAUUACUUAUGAAAGCUGCGAUCAGUAAUUUAUUUUCCUCAAAUUUUGUAUUAUGUUUUUAAAGAAAGAACCAUGCGUU